GAAACGCGCGGACAAAUCGUGUCAAGCCAAAAGACUCAAAAGACGUCGUCGGGGGCUGCGUCGGGGGUGACCUGUGGGACUGCCUGCCUGGGAAUUGCCACAGUUUGCACCCAGUUCCCUCGCUUUUGCAGAACGCCUUCUCAACUGUAUUAACAGCGCUGAAGGGCCCUUCCGCUCUACUUGCGGGCACUGUAUCAACCAUGGGUAGUGAACAAUAUGAGCAGGUUGCCCCUGAGCUGCAAGGCAUAUCCCGCGAACUCGGGGGCGACUUUGUGCUGGGAGUCAGGGACCAGACUCAAAUGGAGGAGGAUGUUAUGGCUGAGGUGGACGAGUCGAUGCGGAGACAAGAUGCCGAAAACAACGCGAAGAGUCUUGCCAAAGUCCAGAAGCAGCUGAGUGUCCUCCAAACCCGCCUAAACGCCCUAGAAGAAGAAUACGAACUACCCCCAGCCGGCACGACCCGGAAAGGCGUGCAAACAAAAAUCCAUCGCGUGCGUGACCGCAUCGAAGAGCUCGAAGACACCGAGCGCGAGAUCCUAGAGCGUAUCAGCUCGGGCCAGUCGCGGGAGGAGCAGCUCGGGCUCAUGAUUUUGGGAAAGGAGACGGAGCGGGAGAAAUUGAUUAGGACGGGGAAGAUUACGCCAUUUGAUAAUGUGAGGGGGGUUAGGCAGGCGCAGACGGGGGGUGAACCGUCGGGUGGGAUAGGUGUGGCUGAGGCGCCUACGAUUGCGGAUGUGAAGGUCGAGGCUGACGAGGAGGGGGUGGUUGACGCCGCGCCGAGGACGCGAACGACUAUAAAACGGCGGGUGAAGACGGAAGAUAAUGAUGACGAUGAGUUUACACCGACUGGAUCAGAUGCGUACGAUGAGGAUGAAGAGGAGCCGCCAGAAAACUCCGAUGAGGUGGGCAGUGAUGAACAGGAAGAUCUGGGUUUGGGCGGCUCGUCCUCUAGUCGAAGCUUUGCGAGCCAUCAUAACCGCCACGCGGAUGAUGGCGAUGAGGCGACGUAUCAGAAGAGGCUGACGGCUUGGGCGUCUCGGAGACGGUGGCACCGGGCUAAGCGGGAGCGUGGGGUGCACUACGCGGAGGCUAUACCCGCCGAACAGCUUGAAGCCGACGCUGAUCUCGAGAUGACGCAGCCAUCACCGCAAGAUGACGACGCAGAGUUCGAUGGUGGGUUCCGGAUCCCCGGGGACAUUCAUUCGUGCUUGUUUGACUACCAGCGGACGUGUGUAAAGUGGCUGUGGGAGCUUCGCAGUCAGGAGACUGGCGGGAUCAUUGGUGACGAGAUGGGAUUGGGUAAAACAAUCCAAGUCAUAGCCUUCCUCGCCGGUCUUCAAUUCUCCAACCUUCUACACGGGCCCAUCCUCAUCGUAUGCCCCGCGACCGUCCUCCGCCAAUGGGUACAAGAACUGCACAAAUGGUGGCCACCCUUCCGGGCAAUCAUUUUGCACUCCUCCGGCAGCGGGCUCGUCCCAUCCAGCCUCGAUGACGACGUGGAAGACUUUGACCCGGAGAAGGAUGCUGAAGAGAAACUAUUUGAUGAUGGCGAUGGCGAUAUUUACGAGGAUCGACGGGGCGGAGGAGGCGCGGAUGGGAAGAAACGGUUUAAGAAACGGAAAUUGGCGCCUGUGAAGAAGCAGAAGUCGGCGAAUGCGAAGAAGAUGUUGGGGCGCGCGGGGGCUCUAGUUGAUAGGGUGCUUCAACAUGGCCACAUACUGAUCACAACCUACGCUGGCAUUCGAGUGUAUUCCGAGAAACUCCUUCCUGUCAAAUGGGCCUGUGCGGUAUUAGAUGAAGGGCACCAGAUCAAAAACCCAGACGCAGACAUCACGAUAGCAUGCAAGCAGCUGAGAACACCACACCGAAUCAUCCUCACAGGAACGCCCAUCCAGAACAACCUCACAGAACUGUGGUCGUUAUACGAUUUCGUGUUCCCAGGUCGACUAGGGACGCUACCUGUAUUUCAAGCGCAGUUCGCCAUCCCCGUGCAACUAGGAGGCUACUCGAACGCGACCAAUAUCCAGGUUCAGACCGCCUACAAGUGCGCAUGUGUUCUCCGCGAUCUCAUCAGCCCAUAUAUGUUACGACGAACAAAAGCCGACGUGGCAUCCGAUCUGCCGAAGAAGACUGAGCAAGUCCUAUUCUGCAGAUUGACCCCUUACCAACGUGAGGAAUAUGAGAGGUUUUUGAGGUCCGAUGAAGUGGCGAGCAUCCUUUCUGGGAAGCGGCAAUCCCUCUACGGUAUUGACAUCAUGCGGAAGAUAUGUAACCAUCCAGACAUCCUCCUCCGCGAAACCAAGCAAAACGACGCAGACUAUGGUGCCGUGGAACACUCAGGCAAGAUGAAAGUCGUGCAAGCGCUUCUCCGGAUGUGGAAGACGCAAGGCCACCGCACGCUGCUGUUCUGCCAGACGAUUCAGAUGCAGGAUAUCCUCGAAGAGUUCCUGAAAGCGGAAGGGUACCGGUACAGACGGAUGGAUGGCAGUACGCCGAUCAAGAACCGGAUCGCGCUUGUAGAUGAGUUUAAUGGCGACGGAUCCGUGUUUGUGUUUCUGUUGACAACCCGUGUGGGUGGGCUUGGGAUCAAUUUGACGGGCGCCAACAGGAUCAUCAUUUACGAUCCGGACUGGAACCCCUCCACCGACGUGCAAGCUCGCGAGCGCGCGUGGCGGAUCGGACAGAGAAAGGACGUGACCAUAUACCGGUUGAUGACCUCUGGGACAAUCGAGGAGAAGAUCUAUCAUCGUCAAAUCUUUAAGCAGUUCUUGACCAACAAGAUCUUGAAAGACCCCCGGCAACGCCGGUUUUUCAAGAACAAUGAUUUGAAUGAUUUGUUCACGCUGGGUGGCGCUGAUGAGCAUGGCACGGAGACGGGGGAUCUGUUUCAUGGGACUAGCGCUGAAAUUGACGUGCCGAGUCCCGAGAACGGUACAGGGACAAGUCGCGGCAAGGGGAAACGCAAGGCCGACGGCGACGAAGCGUUAGAGUCCAUUGCUACGCUAGACCGUGUCGACGAGUACACACCCCAAGCCGACGACGAAACCACGCAAUCGAACUCCACUGACGCCGCCAUCCCAACCGCCAACGACGACGACCGCGUCCUCAAAUCCCUCUUCUCCAAAUCCGGCGUCCACUCCGCCCUGCACCAUGACGUAAUCAUGGACGCCUCCAGCCCCGAGCAACUUAUCAUUGAGAAGGAAGCCUCGCGCGUAGCCAACGAAGCCAUCGCGGCGUUACGGCAGAGCCGCAAACGGAUCCGCCAGCGGGAGGGUGUGCAUGUGCCUACCUUCACGGGGCGGAACGGCGCAGCGGGGAUGGAUUCGCCAAGACGCUUUGGGUCGAUUACGCCCAGGGGCUCGCCGCUUGCCUCGCCGCGGAUGUCGUCGAGGCCGGCGGUGAGCGGGUUUGGGAGCGGGUCCGCCUCGGGGUUCAAUAGUGUUUCUGGGAGUGCAAGAGCGUCGCCGAACGUUGGGGGCAAUGCUGGCGGACCGGCGUCGUCGGCUUCCAUCUUGGGCAACCUCCGCAACCGAAGCGCGAUCGAACGCAAUAGUGAUGGUUUGACUGGGCCGGUGGAUGUCGGGUCCAUCGACCGGAAUGGGCGGCAAGGGAUGAUAUUGCAGAUUCAGGAGUUCCUUGGUGCUCGUGAGGGCCGUGCUACCACCCAAGAGAUCUUGCGACACUUCAAAAACCAGGUUAAAAACGACGAUGCGAUUGCGUUCAAGAAAAUGCUGAAAGGCAUUGCUACCCUUACACAACCCGAAACUCCUGGCCCUGCCAUAUGGGUGCUCAAGAACGAUUUCAAAUGAGCAAAGCUAUCAAAUCCAUUUUCAUGUACAUAAUUUCUAGUUCCCCAUCUAUAUUGUCUGACAACAUGUACAUAACAAAACUGAACAUUCUAACCUAACAUAGAACCCUG